AUGUCCGCUGAAGACCGCUCAAUCGAACUCAACUUCGACGUCAUCGUCGUCGGCUCUGGCCACGCUGGCUCUUGCGCCGCCCUUUCCGCCCGCGACGCCGGAGCCGCCCGCGUCCUCGUCGUCGACAAGUGCCCCGAAUCCUGGGCCGGCGGCAACGGCUACUUCACUGCCGGCGCGCACCGCACCGUGCACGGCGGGCUCGCCGACCUCCUCCCGCUCGUGCGCAACGCGCCCCCGGACGCGGCGCGCACGGUCGACAUGGCGCCCUACUCCGCCGCCGAGUUCGCGGCGGACAUCGACCGGCUCGGCGCGGGCCGUGCGGACCCCGCGCUCGUGCGCGCGGUCGUCGACGGCUCGCGCGCCGCGGUGGGCUGGCUCGCGGAGCGUGCGGGGGUCCCGUUCGUGUUCUCGUUCAACCGGCAGGCGUACCUCGUCGACGGCAAGCAGGUGUUCUGGGGCGGGAUGGUGCUCGGGGUGGAGGACGGCGGGAAGGGGCUCAUCGCGGCGCACCACAAGGCAUUGAAGGAGGCCGGGGUGGAGAUGUGGUUUGAUACGGCGGCGGAGGAGGUCAUUCUGGAGGAAGGUGCGGUCGUUGGCCUUGUCGUGUGCAAGGACGGGCAGAGGAUGACGCUGAGGGCGCCCGCGGUGGUGCUGGCGUGCGGCGGGUUUGAGUCGAGCAGGGAGCUCCGAUCGAAGCAUCUCGGUGAGCGGUGGGCGCGCGCGAUGGUGCGCGGGACGCCGUACAAUACCGGUGACGGUCUCACUCUCGGGCAGCGCGCCGGUGCACGGCUCACCGGCGACUUCGCGAGCUGCCACUCGACCUGCUGGGACGCGAACGCCUCCCCGGACGUCGGGGACCGGCUGCUCAGCAACCAGUUCACCAAGUCCGGGUACCCGCUCGGGCUGAUGCUCAACGCGGACGGCGCGCGCUUCGUCGACGAGGGCGCGGACUUCCGCAACUACACCUACGCCGCGUUCGGCCGCGCGAUCCUCGCCCAGCCCGGCGGGUUCGCGUUCCAGGUGUGGGACUCCCCCGCGUGCGAGUGGCUCCGCGCGGAGGAGUACGCGGACGGCGUCGUGGAGAAGGUGUGGGCGGAGAGCGUGCCCGCGCUGGCGGAGGCGCUGACGACGCGGGGGCUCGCGGACGCGGGGGCGUUCGUGCGCACGAUCGAGGCGUACAAUGCCGCGACGCGCGCGUUCGCGGUGGGGAAUCCGGACAAGAAGUGGGACCCCGCGGUCAAGGACGGGCUGUCGACGCGGUGUGCGGCGGGCGCGCUCGAGCUGCCGAAAUCCAACUGGGCGCGGCCGCUCGCGGAGGGCCCGUUCCUCGCAGUCAAAGUUGGGUGCGGGAUCACAUUCACCUUUGGGGGUCUCGCGAUCGAUCCCGACACCGCGGGGGUCGUCAACGACGCUACUGGAGAUACGAUUCCGGGUCUCUUCUGCACAGGGGAGCUGGUGGGCGGACUGUUCUAUAACAACUAUCCCGGCGGAAGUGGGUUGACGGCAGGGGCGGUGUUCGGAAGGAAAGCUGGCGGGAGCGCGAGCCGUCGCUCGCGAACUGCCUUGUAG